AGUGACGUCAGAUGGCGUCACCGUCUUCCGUUCUCUUUUCUCUGAGGCUCAGCGAGCAGCACGCCUGCAAAAAUGCAGAUCUUCGUGAAGACUCUGACGGGGAAAACCAUCACCCUCGAGGUUGAGCCCAGCGACACCAUCGAAAAUGUCAAGGCCAAGAUCCAGGACAAGGAAGGAAUUCCCCCUGAUCAGCAGCGUCUGAUCUUUGCUGGCAAACAGCUGGAAGAUGGGCGCACUCUGUCCGACUACAAUAUCCAGAAAGAGUCCACUCUUCAUCUGGUGCUGCGUCUCCGUGGUGGCAUCAUUGAGCCUUCUCUCAGGCAGCUGGCCCAGAAAUACAACUGCGACAAGAUGAUCUGCCGCAAGUGCUAUGCCCGUCUGCACCCACGUGCUGUCAACUGCCGCAAGAAGAAGUGUGGCCACACCAAUAACCUCCGCCCCAAGAAGAAGCUGAAGUAAACAUUUUGGCUGGGUGACACUUGGUGUCAUGUUGUGUUAAAAUAAAUGUAAGAAAAACA